AUGAUGUUCAGCCACGGCAACGGCGCCCCCAGGGACGAAGAGGAAGGGUUGCGUUGGACCCUCCGUGCCGCCGAGGGCGGCCUGGCCAAUGCCCAGUUCAGCGCCGGCACAAUGUACUUUGAGGGCCAGGGCACGCCGGCCAACAGGACGCGGGCGCUGCACUGGUACACCCAGGCCGCCGUGCAGGGCGACGCAUCUGCGCAGAUGACCCUGGCCCACAUGUACCGAGAGGGCAUCGGCACUGGCAGGGACGAUGCUCGAACACAGCAUUGGUUCCAGCUGGCUGCCUCCCAGAACGUGGCACUCUGGAGUGGGCCUCCGUCGCUUGCGAGAUGA